AUGUCGAAGGUUCAAAUUUUUGAGCUACUUGAGGUCUUGGAUAAUUUGAAGCAUUUGAAAAGAACUGGAUGGGUGAAAUGUGGGGUUCCGGAGCCAGAAACCGUCGCCUGUCAUAUGUAUAGAAUGGCGAUUUUAGCUUUGUCGUUGGAGGGACAAAUCGAAGGACUGGACACGAUUCGAGCUUUGAAAAUGGCUCUUGUUCAUGAUAUUGGAGAAGCUAUUGCCGGUGACAUCACACCGCAUUGCGGAGUUUCCGAUCAGGAGAAGUUCGACAUGGAGAGCAAGGCGAUUCGAACGAUUUGCUCAUUUGUUCCAAAUGUUGGCGACGAAUGGGAUUCAUUAUGGAGAGAAUAUGAAGCGGCUGAGACACUAACGGCGAAGGUUGUCAAACAUCUCGACAAAUUCGAUAUGAUUGCGCAAGCGGAUAAAUAUGAGCGGGUUCAUGGAAUCGAUCUUGAGCAAUUCUUCACGAGUACUGUCGGCGUUCUCAAAAUGGAACCAUUUGCGUCGUGGGACAAACAGUUGCGAGAAAAAAGGGAAUCGCGAUUAACCAAUCACGCGAAUUUUCUGGCCAAAAUUGCCGAUACUCUUACGGAAGCUGGCCAUAAUGUGACCUAUUUCUCUCCUAUCAUAUACGAAGGAUUGGCUGAUGUGGAUUUUGUGAAGCUCACAAAAGACGUUAUUCGAAUAUUUCCGAAUCGCGUUGGGGAAAAGCCGAAGCAGGAGGUCUCGCUCAACACAUUCAGAAAUUCGUGGGUUGAAGAUACUUCUUCAUUUGAAGCCAUUCAGAAGCUUGAAGGAAUGCUUAUUGAAUCAAUUCCCUAUUUUCAAAAAUUCUACGAUCAUUAUGGUGAUCUUAUGGCAGAAUUGAAAUCGAGAAAAUACGAUGCGAUUAUUUUUGAAAUAUUUAUGUUUGAAGGGUUUUAUCUACGCGAUACUUUAAAUAUCCCAGUGGCGAUUCCAUGCACAUCAGUUACCCAUGAAUUUACUGCAUUGAAAGCUAUUGGAGAACCAGCAAUGCCUAGUGUUUUAGCAACCACAAUGGGAUAUUGGUCUGAUGAGAUGGACUUUUUCACAAGAAUCAAGAAUUUUGCCACAAUUCAAUACGCGCAAUGGAUACUCCAGUUACCAAAAUCUCGUCGCUCGUUAUCGAAUCCUGACCGGAUCAUCUCCCUUACGGAAGAGUUUAGAAAGUUUCCAUUCUUGCUAACCAAUGCGAAUCCAUAUUUGGAUUUUCAACGGCCAACAAUCACAAAAACUGUUCAAAUUGGCGGAAUUGCUGUCGAUGUUAAUCAAAUCAAAUCGGCGAAACUGGCGGAAGAAUACGAUGUGAUAAUGAAGCUCCGCCGACGAACUGUUCUUGUUUCGUUUGGAUCUGCGUUUAUGUCAUGCGAUAUGCCGAACGAAUACAAAAAAACGUUGGCCGACGCGAUGAAAUCAUUUAAAGAUACAACUUUUAUUUGGAAGUAUGAGAAAGAUGAUACCUCAUUCGCAUCUGAUGCGGAGAACAUCGUGUUUAAGAAAUGGGUGCCACAAACCCAGCUUCUCGCCGAUCCGCGACUGACUGUUUUUGUGAGCCACGGAGGUCUUGGAAGCAUCACCGAGUUGGCUUAUUUGGGAAAACCGGCACUAUUAGUCCCAAUAUUCGGGGACCAAAUGAGAAACGCUGCGAUGAUUUCAAGGCACGGAUGCUCAAUUCUAAUAUCGAAAUUCGAUUUGAGCAACUUCGAUAAAGUUCACGAGUCGUUGAGCAAAUUAUUGACUGAUGAAAAAUAUAAAAAUAAUGCGGACAAGUUGGCCGAUAUUCUCAAUUCUGCUCCGAUUCCUCCGAGAGAGAUGCUCAUCAAACACGUCGAAUUCGCGACAAAAUUCAAAGAGAUUCCAGCCCUCGAGCCUCAUUAUCAUGACAUGUCGAAUAUUUCAUAUUUCAUGAUCGACAUUGGACUGUUCCUAUUAAUUACACUUCACGCGAAUUUUCUCGCCAUAAUUGCCGAUACUCUUAUGGAAACUGGCCAUAAUGUGACCUAUUUUUCUCCAAUAAUGGACGAGAGAUUAGCCGAUGUGGAUUUUGUGAAGCUCACAAACGACGUUAUUCGGAUAUUUCCGAAUCGCGUUGGCGAAAAGCCGAAGCAGGAGGUCUCGCUCAACACAUUCAGAAAUUCGUGGGUGGAUGAAGCCUCAAUCAUUGACACCAUUCUGAAGAUUCGAGGAAUUCUCGAUGAAUGCAUCACAUUCUUUGAUAAAAUUUGCAACAAUUAUCGCGAUUUAAUCGAUGAGCUGAGAGCCCGAAAAUACGACGCAAUCAUAUUUGAGAUGGUCAUUUUUGAAGGAUUCUAUCUACGUGACACAUUGAAUAUUCCCAUGGCGAUUCCGUGUGCUUCGGUUACUCAUGAAAUAUUAUUGUCGAAAGCCAUGGGAGAACCCGUCAUGCCGAGCAUAUUAGCAACUGGCGACAGUCAGAAAAUCGUUGUUCAAUCCGGAUACGAUUGUCGUUCUCGCGGUGACGCCGAUUUUCUACAUAGAUUCGUGAUUUAUACUUUUAAGGAGGAACAAAGGAAAUUUCCAUUCUUGCUAACCAAUGCGAAUCCAUAUUUGGAUUUUCAACGGCCAACAAUCACAAAAACUGUUCAAAUUGGCGGAAUUGCUGUCGAUGUUAAUCACAUCAAAUCAUUAGAGCUACCAAAUAAGUAUAAUCGUAUUCUGGAGCUUCGUCAGCGAACAGUUUUAGUAUCAUUCGGUUCGGCAUUUUUUUCAAGCGAUAUGCCUGAGCUGUCAAGGAAAACUCUUGUCAAAGUAAUGCGAUCAUUCAAAGAUAAAACCUUUAUUUGGAAGUAUGAAACGAACGAUACGGCUUUUGCAAUAGGCGCAACAAAUAUUAUUUUCGAGAAAUGGGUGCCACAAGCUCAGCUUCUCGCCGAUCCGCGACUGACUGUUUUUGUGAGCCACGGAGGUCUUGGAAGCAUCACCGAGUUGGCUUAUUUGGGAAAACCGGCACUAUUAGUCCCAAUCUUCGGGGACCAAAUGAGAAACGCUGCGAUGAUUUCAAGGCACGGAUGCUCAAUUCUAAUAUCGAAGUUCGAUUUGAGCAACUUCGAUAAAGUUCACGAGUCGUUGAGCAAAUUAUUGACUGAUGAAAUAUAUAAAAAUAAUGCGGACAAGUUGGCCGAUAUUCUCAAUUCUGCUCCGAUUCCUCCGAGAGAGAUGCUCAUCAAACACGUCGAAUUCGCGACAAGAUUCAAAGAGAUUCCAGCACUUGAUCCCCACUAUCACGACAUGCCAUCAAUUUCGUAUUUGAUGCUCGAUGUUCUCGCCUUCUGCAUCUUCUCUUCUAUUGUAUUUAUUCUCGUGAUUAUGAGCGAAGAGGUCGCCAAAUUUGGAGAUCUAGCGACAUCAUCAGACUUCUCAAAAUUCUGGACUAGCGAUGCUGAUUUAAUCGAUACCAUUGACAUGCAUUUUUUCUUCAAGAGAAUGUUCACAAAAACCAUUGAUAAUUUAUUCGAAGACCAUCGAGAUAAAUUGGAUGAGUUGAAGGCGGAAAAGUAUGAUGCUUUCAUUUUUGAGGCGAUCAUCAUUUCAGCAUUGCAAGUGAAAGAUUAUUUGAAUAUCACCACAACUUUGCCAAUGCUGUCGAUGACUCAUAAUGCGAGAAUCUCAAUGGCUUAUGGACAGCCGGCAAUGUUGAGCACGUUGUCGGAAAUAACGGCUGGUCUUGGAGAUGAGAUGAGUUUCACGGAGAGAGUUCACAAUCUGCUGUUGAAUUUUGCGUUCUGCUUAUUUUUUCCGCUUCGAAAAAUUCCGAGCGUCGACGAUCCUAACAGGUUCAUCGAUAUUAAGGAAGAGCUAAUCAAAAGCCCGUUCUUCUUCACAAAUUCGAAUCCAUAUUUGGACUAUCAACAUCCGGUCAUCACGAAAACUGUUCAAAUCGGUGGUAUUUCUGCCAAUCAUCCACAUGAAACAAUCGAGAAAAUUGGAGACGAAUUCGAUUCUUUAUUGAAUUUGAGGGAGAAAACUGUUUUGAUCUCCUUCGGAACUGUGAUUCUGGCAAGUACGAUGCCUGCAAACUUAAAAACAAAUAUUAUUCAAGCAAUCAAGCAAUUUCCCAAUGUUACAUUUAUCUGGAAAUAUGAAGGUGUCGAUAAAAAAUUUGCUGAAAUCGCUCCAAAUGCUCAUUUGUUCAAUUGGAUUCCGCAAACUGCAUUACUUGCUGAUCCUCGACUUUCCUUAUUUGUAACUCACGGUGGUCUCGGUAGUGUCACCGAGCUAAGCUAUUCCGGAAAACCGGCAAUUCUGAUUCCAAUAUUUUCGGAUCAAAUGCGAAAUUCGAAAAUGCUCAAAAGGCAUGGCGGUGCUCUUCAGCUGACGAAAUUUGAUUUGGCAAGUCCAUCGAAACUUGAAAACGCGUUGCGCGAGAUUUUGUAUAAUCCAAAGUACCAAGAAAAUGCUGAAAUUCUCGCCGAGCAGCUCAAAUCUCAGCCUAUAAAGCCGGCUGAUUUAUUAGUGAAGCAUGUCGAAUUCGGCACGAGAUUUGGCGAACUGAAAUCCCUUCAACCGCAUUUCCUCUCAAUGCCCUUCUAUCAAUAUUUCAUGCUAGAUACAAUAGGCCUUGGAAUUUUAUUGAUUUUUGUAUCAUUCCGCCUUCUUAAAAUAAUCAUGCGACCAUUUAAAACAAAACUCAAAGUUCUAUAA